AUGGCUGGGAUCAGACUGGUGGAUGGUGACAAUAAAUGCAAUGGUACACCAGAGAUCCUUUAUGAGGAACGAUGGAAAAGUGCAAGCAGCAAGACCUUUGACAUCAGAGCUGCUAUGGUGGUGUGUAGAGAGCUGGACUGUGGGAAUGCUGUCAAAGUUGCUGCUACAAGUCUGACCAGAAGAAGAACAAGAACAGAAACUGGAGUUAUGGUUGACUGUACUGGACAAGAGUCAUCUGUUUCACAGUGCAUAAAAGAAAGUGUUAACAUUGAUUUCGAUCUUCUCAACAUCAAAAUAGUCGUCGUUUGCUCAGACUCUGUGAGGCUUGUGGACGGAGCUGGACUCUGCUCUGGGAGAGUGGAGGUGAAGACCCAUCAGUCCUGGACCACAGUAUGUGAGGCUGGCUUUGACUGGCAGGAUGCAGAGGUUGUCUGUAGAGAGCUGGACUGUGGACGUCCACUAACUCUACAGGGGGCACUGUAUGGAGAAGGCAAACACCCAUUUGGGACCAAAGAGUUCCAGUGUAAAGGCACAGAGAACCGUCUCCUUACCUGUAGCACCUCAGACAGAGAAGAGAGCACCUGUACACAUGGCAGAGCUGUUGGACUCACCUGUUCAGGACCAGAUGAUGUGAGACUGGUGGAUGGGAGCGGCCGCUGUGCUGGGACAGUGGAGAUGUUUCAUAGUGGAAGGUGGAGGAGUGUGAGAACAGAAAUGUGGUCCCUGAGAGAUGCUGCUGUGGUGUGCAGGCAGCUGGACUGUGGCUCUGCUGUUGCAGCUGCGCAGACGGAGGUUUUAACCAGUGAUACUGAAUGGAGUGUUCUGACUGCCUGUGAGGGAUCUGAACCUGCACUAAGGGAAUGCUCUAUUUUCAUUUUUGCCCCAGCUAAGAUUGUUGCCACGGUGACCUGUUCAGAUGCUGUAAGGCUUGUGGAUGGAGCUGGACUCUGCUCUGGGAGAGUGGAGGUGAAGUCCCAUCAGUCCUGGACCACAGUAUGUGAGGCUGGCUUUGAGUGGCAGGAUGCAGAGGUAGUCUGUAGGGAACUGGGCUGUGGGACUCCGCUAACUCUACAGGGGGCACUCUUUGGAGAAGGUAAACUCCCAUUUGGGACCAAAGAGUUCCAGUGUAAAGGCACAGAGAACCGUCUCCUCACCUGUAGAACCUCAGACAGAGAAGAGAGCACCUGCACACAUGGCAAAGCUGCGGGACUCACUUGUUCAGCCGUCAUCACACUGCAAGACCUUUGA